CUUUCAGUUCAGCUACAAGCAUCAUCUAGUCUCAAAGAAAUAUCUACAAGAAUGAAGUUCAUCAUCCUCCUGUCCAUUUGCUUUGCCGUCAGUCAUCAACAAUAUCGUGAGCAGAUAUUGAUGCUCCGCCCUUGGGUGUCACAAUUUUAUCCAACUACUUAUGGCGAUUACCUUCCGGACAUCCGUAAAGGAAUCCAUGGCGAUUCGAGAAUCAAUCCCAUCUUCUUCCGCACCAACGAGGACCAGAUGGAUCCAAAAUCGCCGGGCAAUCAGUACGAAUCCAACGGAUAUGUCCAGUCCAGGAACAAGAACAUGGUGCAGCAACGGCCAGCACUGCUCCCGAUCCAGGAUCAAAUCAACAAACGAUUUUUCGACGGCAACACUCGACAUAAUUUCCUGACCAGAGCUGCCACCUUCACCAUCACUUCCACCUGCACAUCCAUCGCCUUCUCGUCGUGCAUUCCUCGCGGUAAUUUACUUCCGGUGGCUCCGGCCGCUGUUCCCAACUGCCGGAGAAAGCGUGAGCUCCUAGCAGAAGACGAUGGCCAAUUUCCCAUCAAUCCUACAGAAGUUGGACUGGUGUUGUCUACCGUUCUGCCAAGGGCAACCAACGAAAUGAUGGCUGACGACCGUGAAUCCACGACUAUCGAAAUCAUUUCGUCGAAGGAAGAUAUUAGCACAGGAUCGCCAGCAGCCAACUCGGAAGGGGAUCAAAAACUGAAAGUGAAACGAUUUUUCUACUGGCCGAAUUACAUCAGCACGGUGACGACGACUACCUGGUCGGUGGUUUCGACUGAACUGACACGGACUUUUGUACCCGGUGUCAAUUUGGACUGCCUGCCACCAGGUUACAAGGUUUGCCCCCAAGCCGGAUAAACAUAUUAUAAUCCGCCUCUCUUGUUAGACUUUUCAACGUUUUGCUUAUUAUUAUGACGCACUUUUCCAAUGCUAAUUUCCCAUUAAAUUUGUUCCCAUUGAUUAGUUACGUAACUUUGAGCACGUGUUUAUCAAACUGACUUUUUCAAAAUACAUCUUCAGAAGUGUGGCACCAACAACAAA